AUGUCACCGCAGGCAGCGCUACGGCAGCUGCUGCAGAAGGCUGGGUCUUCCUACGGGGAAGGGCAGCCGGGGCAAGUCGUUGGUUUCAUCCGUGAAAAGCUUUCUUUGCCAAGGGGUCAAGAGGAGCCUGUCAUGUUGCGAGAUCUGCUGCCACCGCUGGAGGGGGAGCUUUUGGACAGCUUCCGUUUUUUCGCGCAGGAGGACGUCCGAGACUUUUUCUACAGGUUGCAGAUUCCUUCCUCAUUGGGUAAAUAUUUCUCGCUCCCUCCUCUAGACUUGCGACUGCUUGGUGAAGUGUUGGGCGAGAUACCAGAGGAGAUACAGGGCAUUGCAGCUGAGCACGAUGGCCCUGUUUAUCCUCACCUCAAGGUGCUGCCUAUGGGAUUCUCGUGGGCUUUUCAUCUCGCGCAUAUGGCGCAUAAAGAGUUAGCUUCACGUACUCUACCACAGGCAGCGCUCAUCGAGGACAAGAGGCCCGCUCCGCGUCUUGGUGCACAAGGCCCGCGUUCCGCUAUGUUGAUUUAUGCUGACAACAAUAAUCAUUGUGGUCUUGAUCGAGGCCAGGUUGACAAAGACCAGAAUGCCAUGAUUGACGCCUUACAUGCCAACGGGUUGGACACUCAUGACAUUGCUACCUGUUCUACCUUGGCCGAGAGUUUGGGAGUGAGAGUAGAUGGUCUGGGUGGCACUGUUGGCCCAACAGCGGCUCGUGACUGGAGGCUGGACCGGGCACUGGAGGCGUGUAUGAGUUCGCCGAGGAUGUCCGGCGCCGAGCUUCAGAUCGUUGUGGGCCACCUCACAGUACGGGCGCUGAUACACCGUGGUUUGAUGAGUCUCCUUAGGCACUGCUACGUCUUCAUAGAAGAAUGCUAUGACAAGAGGGUUCGUCUUUGGCCCAGUGUGGUCGAGGAGCUGGGAUGGUUCAGAGCGCUCAUGCCGUUGGGAGUGGCAAAUUUCUUUAGCCCCUGGAGCCGCACGGCUUUCUCCACUGAUGCCUGCCUGACAGGAUACGCUGUAUGUAAGGCGGAGUUUGACAUCGAUGAACUUCGGCAGGUGGGGUGUGAGGAUGAACGAUGGCGUUUUUACCGUGGGGAGGGGAAGAGAGUUGCUCCGAGGGCGGCGGCUUUGGACACCACGGGAGUUUUCGACGAGAUCCUCUCAGUUCGGCCCGAGGUGCUCGAUCCGAUACCAGAGACCAUUGAGCUCAAUCCCAUGUUCCCUGAGGUCCCUGAGGAGUUGCUGCGGGAGGACCGGUGGCAUCAGCUGUGGAAUGCACCUUACAGCUUCAAGGAGCCGAUACACGUGUUGGAGAGAGAAGUGGCGACCUUUACCCGGAAAGAGGCGAAGGCGGCCAAUCAGAGAAUGCACAGUCCUCCACGUGGCGAAGCCAUGGAGAGAACUCAAAAGCGGAGCCGGUCCCCAUCGCUAACGCGAGUGAGCACCGGCAAGCAACCAGCGGAAGCGGGUUUGAGACAGAACUUGAAGCAGGCAGCAAAGAAGCGAGCCAGGGCACGCAGGCGACAGAAAGUUCAUGCUCAGAGGCUUCGGGCCUCCCGCGGGGAGAAGUCGCUGCUGGAGGUUGGGAGUGUGACGAAGGGGACAAGGCAGGACUACCAGAACAAGCUGAACGGGUUCUACGACUUCGUCGCCUUCAACCUGCUCGAGACCCGCACCGAGGAGCUCCUAGACAUAGCGCUCUUAGAGUACUGCGCCUUUCUGUACCUGGACGGGGAAGACAGCAACUACGGCCAAAAACUCCAAGCGGCGUUGGAGUACGAGCGGCCGGAAACCGCGAGAGAAGGACAGCUGAAGCUCCCCCGCUUUCGGAGGGCGCUCAAAGGCUGGCGAAAGAUGGCACCAGCGCAAACAAGACUGCCGAUGCUAGAGUUCCUGAAGAGCGCCGUCAGCGGGCUGAUGCUACACGGUGGCUUUCGCGAGAUGGCGCUGUACAACGAGGCGUGCUUCUCGACGUAUGCCAGGCCAGGAGAGAUGUUGAAGAUGACGGCGGCAGACUUUGUCCCUGCCACCAAAGCUUACAGUCAUGCAGUCCUGGUGCUGGCACCCUUCGAGAGAGGGGAAAGCUCAAAAACUGGGAUUUACGACGAGACUUUGAUCCUGGACGACGUGAGGGCACCAUGGCUCACACAAGCGCUGGAGAUGCAUGUGAAGGAGCGCCUGCGAACCGGCGAGGAGACGAGCAUGUGGAGCUUCACGGCCGCAAAGUUUUUGAGCGUGUGGCGUCUUUGCACCGAAGCGCUGGACAUUCAGGACCUGGCAGUCAGCCCUUACCAGAACCGACAUGGAGGGGCCUCACGGGACCAUCUGAUGAAACUCCGCUCAGUGAGUGCCAUCCAGAGGAGAGGGCGCUGGGCUUCGGACUCCAGCGCCAGGAUCUACGACAAGCCGGGGAGGCUUCAGCAGAUGAUCAACAAGUACAGCGAUCGUUGGGAAGCCUUUGGGGACCGAGUCCGCACAGAUUUUCUCCGAUGUUACCGAGAUGGUGCUUGCCAAGUAGCGAGAGCUUUUGUGCAGAGCGGAGGCGAAGCAGCGGUUAUCGAUUUUGCUGAUGCGGCAACAAAUGAUCUUAGCAAGCUCAGCAAUUGGAACCGACUGGUUAGCGUGGUAGCCGAUUGCUUUGCGGAUGCUAUCGUGCGGGCUUUCUUCAGCCCACCCACGCCGCCCUGGAUGUGCCAUGCUGGAGAUGGGAACAUCAAAAUCCUGUGGUGGUUUCCGAACAUUUCGGGUAACUCGGAAGCAUGGAAUCCAUCGGAGCUCGCCACCGUGACGUACGAGCGCAAGAAGAAAAGCCAAGUUGAAACUCUCCGGAAGAUCUUCGAGGAGCUUGAUAGCUCCAGCGCUGACAACAUCAGCAUCAAGGACGUGGAAACGGCGAUGUCGCGUGGGCGCUUGUCCAACUUCCUGGAAUCCAUGGGCAUCUCCACAGAGGACGUUUGGACCUUCUUCAUGCUCAUCGACGCGAACGAGAACGGUCUUCUCGAUCUCGAUGAGUUUGUCUCCGGAUGCAUGCAGUUGAACGGGCCUGCGCGGAGCAUUCAACUCGCCAAGAUGAGCUACGAGAACAAGGUGACCAGGAGAGAGAUUCGGAACAUCAUGGAGGAGCUGAAGCAGGUGUCCGAGCAGGUCUUGACGGGCGCUUCUCCCCAGGUGAUGGAAGGCAGGAGAAAGCGCGCCAUGCUCAGCGAAGCUUUCUGA